AAAUGGCAAGUUUAUAAACAAGAGAAAUAUUUUAGGAUUCAAACAAAAACUUCUCACAAACUUUAGGGGGCACUAUUGAGUAAAAACACACCCUUUCUCUCACACUUUUCUUUCUUCUCUCCAAAACAAAAAGUUUCCUCUCAUUUUCUCCUCCUUUUCCCGCUGCCCUUUCCCUCUAAAACCAGUAAAUAAUCAAAAUCCAUGUUUUUUCAUUACAACCUAAUGUGAAUAGUUGGAAUUUGGUGAGGUAGAGCAGGAGAAGUGUCCUGCUAUUUCAGUUGUACACACCUGUAAUCUGUUUGGAUAUUUUGGUUUAGAUUGAUCAUGGAAUGCAACAAAGAGGAGGCCUUUAGAGCGAAGGAACUUGCAGAAAACAAAAUGCAAAAGGGGGAUUUUGCAGGAGCACGAAGGAUUGCACUGAAGGCGCGGCAACUCUAUCCUGAUUUGGAUAACAUAUCCCAGUUGUUAAUGGUUUGCGAUGUUCAUUGUUCUGCACAAAACAAACUUAAUGGGUUGGUAUAUGACUGGUAUGGGAUUCUCCAAAUUGAGAAGUUUUCAGAUGAGCUAGCUGUCAAGAAGCAAUUUAGAAAGCUUGCACUCUCCCUUCAUCCAGACAAAAACAAGUUUGCUGGUGCAGAGGCUGCCUUUAAGCUGAUCGGGGAAGCAAAUAUGGUGCUCACAGAUCCAACCAAACGCUCAUCGUAUGAUAUGAAGUAUAGGUGUGCAUAUAGACCCACUGCACCAAAGCCACCACCCGAACGGCCAAUUAAGAACUCAUCUGUCAAGAAACAGCAUGUAGCUCCAAGCAAGAAUUCUAAGGCUCCUCAUACACAGUCCUCGAGCUCGAAGGCUCAUCAGCCACCACGGCAGUCAACAUUUUGGACAAGCUGCCCCGCUUGUCAAGUAAGGUAUCAGUACUACAGAGAAUAUCUAAACAAAAUGUUACGAUGUCAAGGUUGUUUGGAGCCUUUUAUGGCUCAUGAAUUGGGUGUUUCACCUGGAUCCACUCAGAAUCAGUCUGUCAACGAGAAAAAUGUCCCAAAUCAGGGUCCCUUUAAAUUUGUGCCUCAGAAUCAUGCUGCAAACCCUUCUGGUGUGAAUUAUCCACAUAGGUAUUCAGGGCCUGAUCCAAUGGAAAAGGUAGAAAAAACAGCUGAUGUUGGUGGGAGUAAACCCGAAGAGGUGAAGCUAGAAAAUGCUACUGGAACUGUUGGGGGUUCUAAUCCACAAGAGAAAGUGAAUGAGCAUGUGGAUGGCAAGGCGGGGAAUGGAGGUGUUCCGGUUUCGAUGACCGAUGGAAUGAAACCAAAGGAAUCAGAUUUUCCGGACGGUGCAAGUAAUAAGAGACGCUGGAAGUCUAUGGAAGAAUCCAGCAAGAACUUUUACAAAAGUAAGAAGGCUGGCAGUGAAGAAAAAGUCAGUGAUCUUUCUGCGAAGAGUUCUGGCCACCAAUCUAGGAAAUCGGCAAGGCAAAAACAACAUAACUCUUACAAGGAAACUUAUGAUGAUGAUUUUGUUGACCCCCCUUCAAAAAGAUCAAGGGAGAACAGCUUAUCUGAUGCGCAGAUAAAAGAAGCAAGUCUGGCUGAUAAGGUGCCCAAAGAUGUUUCUGUUGGCUGUACUGCUCCUGUGCUGAAUCGGAAUGAUAAAGAGGCCAAACAAAAAGCCAGUUCUAGUCUUGAAGAAAGAUCUUCGAGUUUGAAAAGUGGCGAGUUCAAGGCUAAAGGAGGGGACACAUCCAUGUCACAGAGGGUGGGGACAAAGUCGGAGAAUGUUGAGAGAUCCAAAACUGACACAUCGGAGUCAAAUUCAAAUGAAGUAAUAGAACCAGAAGUCUUUUAUUGUGCUGAUCCAGAUUUCAAUAAUUUUGACAUAGAAAGGGCUGAAGGCAAUUUUCGUGUUAGUCAGAUAUGGGCUAUUUAUGAUUCAUGUGAUGGCAUGCCGAGAUUUUAUGCUUUUGUCAAGAAAGUGCACUCACCUGGUUUCAGGCUGGAAAUUACAUGGCUAGAGCCAACCUCGUAUAAAAAAGCUGAGCAACAGUGGUGUAAUGAGGAUUUGCCUAUCAGUUGUGGUAGGUAUGAUACUGGAGUUACUGAAGAAACCAAAGAUCUCUUGAUGUUCUCUCAUCCAGUGGCACACGGGGAUGGUGGGCGUAAAGGUCUGUACUUCAUAUAUCCUAAGAAAGGGGAGACAUGGGCUCUUUUCAAGGACUGGUAUGCAGGCUGGAGUUUGGAAGCAGAAAAACAUAGACCUCCUUAUCAGUUUGAAUUUGUGGAGAUCGUGACGGAUUUCAGCGAGAGUAUCGGCAUUGGAGUUGCUUAUUUGGGCAAAGUGAAGGGAUUUGUUAGUAUUUUUCAGCAAGUUAACUGUGAUGGUGUCCUCACAUUUUCCAUACUACCAAAUGAACUGUACAGAUUUUCUCACCGUGUUCCAUCGGUUAGAAUGUCUGGCGUAGAAAGAGUAGGUGUUCCUCCGGGGUCUUUUGAAUUGGACACUGCUGCUUUGCCUAGCAAUUUUGCCAGCAUGGUUAAUUCUGAGAAGAAUAUCGGGAGUGGUCUUGAAAAGUCAACCGGCACACGCACGGAUCACAAUCAAGUUGAAGCUAGUCAACUAGGGGAUAUCAACAAAGUUCCAAGCCAACACAUGCUAAAUCGGCCGGACGGAAAUAAUUCUCGUUUGCAGGCUAAUGAAAAUGUCCUGAUCGAUAAGAAACCAGAAGGUAAAUUUAUAGCUGUUUCUUUGACACCUAGAAGAUCUCCAAGAGAUCUGAGUAAGAGAAUUAGUCAAUUAAACAGUAACAAGAAUGUGGCAGCAAAUCAACAGGCUAGUGUCACGUCAUGUCAGCCUGAUGACGAAACACAUUUACAAGUUAAGGAUGGAAGGUUCAUUAGUCCGUUGAAGGGUUCAAGCUCUUCGGUUUGUAGAGUUGUAGAGAUACCUGAGUAUGAUUUUAAGAAAGAAAGAUCAAAGGAUAAAUUUCAAGUGGGGCAGAUAUGGGCAGUGCACACUGAUAAGGAUAUGCUACCAAGGAAUUAUGUCAGAGUUAAAAAGAUCGAAAAAACGAACUGCUUCAGAUUGUACGUAGCAAUGCUUGAAGCUGUUACCCUCCAGAAUGACACGAAGCUGCCUGUGACUUGUGGGAUAUUCAAACCUAAAUCAGGUAAACCAAUUGUGCUUCUUUUAAAUGCAUUUUCUCACAAGGUCGAAGCAAAGGUGAUGAGCGGUGGUAAAUAUGAAAUUUAUCCUAGAAAAGAUGAGAUUUGGGCAAUAUACAAGAAUUGGAAUUCUGAAUUGAAGUGUUCUAACAAAGCCGACAGGGAAUGUGAUAUUGUCAAAGUGGUGGAAGAUAAUAGGAGCAGUGUAAAAGUUGUAGUUUUGAAGGCUUCUAAAGGAGACGACACUAUCUAUGUGUUGCCUACGCCGAAAAGAUUAGAAAGUAGCAUGAUUGAAAUUCCGCGGGGUGAGAUUUCGAGAUUUUCUCAUCAGUGUUCAGCCGUUUAUCAGCACGUCGAAGAGAAAAAUCGUCCUUUGAAAUGGUAUUGGCAGAUUGACCCUCUUUCUGUUCCUGGUUCUGUAAUAGUAGUAGAAUGAAUGGAUGGCAAUUUUGUGGUUAUUAGCUAGCUAAACAGCAUUCUAAUUUUCUUGGAUAUAUAUAGUUAGGAAUGCUACCAGAUUGUUCUUUUUGUAAACUGGAAGAUGUUAGCUUAAACUUAACUAGACAUUUCCUGCUCA